UGUACACCUGCCUGACCAACUGCCCCCAUCCAUGUACACCUGCCUGACCAACUGCCCCCAUCCGUGCAUCCAUGUACACCUGCCUGACCAACUGCCCCCAUCCGUGCAUCCAUGUACACCUGCCUGACCAACUGCCCCUAUCCGUGUACACCUGCCUGACCAACUGUCCCACACUGCAUAUAUAUAUAUAUAUAUAUCCGAGUGCUUUGCCUGGCCAACUGCUUCUCACAUCCAUGUACCCCUAUACCCUGCCUAACCGCUCCCAUCUGUGUACCCCUAUGCCCUGCCUGACCAACUGCCCCCAUACAUGUAAAUCUGCAUGGCUAUACACUUCCUGACCUGAGAUUUGCUUCAUAAGGAGCUGUUGUCUCUUCAGUGAUCAUUCUAACAUUUGAAUUGCAGAGGAAGGAAAACUAGUGACUUAAACUGAAUUGAUGCACCAUGUCAAGCAGACAGCUGCAUAUAUCUAUUGUGAAUCCACCUCCACCAGAAUACAUUAAUCGCAAGAAGACCGGACGUCUGACUAACCAGUUACAGUAUCUGGAGAAGGUGGUGUUGAAGGCGUUAUGGAGACACAACUUUUCCUGGCCAUUCCAGCAGCCCGUGGAUGCUGCAAAGCUGAACCUCCCAGAUUAUUAUCACAUUAUAAAGAAUCCAAUGGAUCUGAGUACAAUAAGAAAGAGGCUGGAAUACAAUUACUACGCAAGGGCUCUGGACUGCAUGCAAGAUUUCAAUACCAUGUUCACAAAUUGUUACAUUUAUAAUAAGUCAGGGGAUGAUAUCGUUUUAAUGGCACAAGAACUGGAAAAAGUGUUUAUGCAGAAAAUUGCAGACAUGCCACAUGAAGAGAUUGAAUUAUCUGUGGUGGGAAACAGAAGUGUUAAGAACAAGAAAAGAACAUCAUCUGAAGGAGAGUCCCGAGAUGAUGCUGAACUCACUCCUGUUCCUAAGAAAAAGACAGUUCAAAAAUUGCACAGGAAUCCAUUUCCCCGUCCAGUCAUUGCAAUGCUACCUCAGAGGACAACCCUUGUUCCAUUGUCUAUUAUUCGCACCACAAAUACCACACCAUCCAGUCCUAUUUCGAAAGCAUCAAAGGGUAUCAAAAGGAGAGCAGACACUACAACGCCUCCUGUCUCCCUCAUCUCAACGAGUUGUGAGUCCUCUCCAGCGGUGCAUGAACCAAUGCAAACCCAAAUAACUCCAAGAUCUGAGAAACCUCAUUUGGACACACCAGUCAAAGAGCUUCCAGAUUCUCAGCAGCAAAUUCAAUCUAUGUCUCAUAAUCCCCUAUCUGAGCAACUGAAACACUGCAAUAACGUUCUAAAUGAAAUGAUGUCCCAGAAGUAUGCUAGUUGUGCCUGGCCUUUCUACAAGCCUGUGGACUCGGCAUCAUUUAAUCUUCCUGGUUACAGUGAUAUGAUGAACUGUCCCAUAGAUCUGGGAACAAUCAGAGAUAAAAUGGAGACUGGGCAGUAUAAAGACACGCGGGAGUUUGCAUCUGAUGUUCGGUUAAUGUUCAUGAACUGUUACAAGAACAAUCCCCCGGAUAAUGAAGUGGUGAACCUGGCGCGAAAGUUACAAGAUGCUUUUGAGAUACUGUUUGCCAAAAUCCCAGAUGAGCCAGUUAAUAAUGCCACAUACCCCCAAACCUUGCUGGGAAGAUACAAGCCGUCCUCCAGCGAAAGCAGCAGCACCAGCUCCUCGGACAGCUCCUCCGAUUCGGAAGAUGAGAGAGCUCAACAGCUGGCCUUACUGCAAGAGCAGCUGAAAGUGGUGCAUGAGCAGCUUAAAGCUUUAGCUGAAGGUCCUACGCCCAAAUCUAAGAAAAAGAAGUCAAAGAAAGAUAAUAAAAAGAAAAAACUGAAGGAAAAGAAAAAACAACUUAAAAAGAAAACUAGCCAAAAUCUAAAAAAGAAAAAAAAGAAACAGAAGGACUUGAAGAAGAAAUCUGUACUGAAUGAUUCGAAGAAAAAGAAGAAGCUGCCAGUAUCUGAGGAUGAAGAUCACUCCAAGCCCAUGACUUAUGAUGAAAAGAGACAGUUAAGUCUGGACAUAAAUAAGCUACCAGGAGAUAAGCUGGGUCGCAUUGUCCACAUCAUCCAGUCGAGGGAGGUGUCGCUGAGGGACUCAAAUCCUCAGGAAAUCGAAAUAGAUUUUGAAACCUUAAAACCAUCAACUUUGAGGCACUUGGAGAGAUAUGUGAUGAAUAGUCUACGAAAGAGACCCAAAAAAUCAAAUGCUGAGAAAUCUGUAAAAUCCAAAGAUCAGUUGAAUAAGGAAAAGAAACAGGAGUUGGAGAAAAGGCUACAAGAUGUCAGUGGGCAAUUAAAUUCUGCCAAGAAACCUAAACUCACAGAUGAUGCUGCUGCCGUCCCACAAGCGAUUGGAGGCCCAAGUCGUCUAAGUGAAAGUAGCAGCAGUUCCUCUUCCACAUCUGAGAGCAGCAGUGAUUCCAGCUCUUCUGAUAGCAGUGACUCUGACUCAGAAGCACCGUGCCCUAACAAGAACGUUCCUCUUGUAAUGCAAAAUCAGAACAAGAUGGUUAAAGCCACUAUUUCAAAUUUAACUUACACUGCAGUAUCCAGAGAAUCCAGAGUUGCUGACUCUUUGCUUUCAAAUGACUAUCCAUGUUCUUCACAAGUCCCAUCAGUCAGCCAUCUAUGUAAAUCCUCAUUUCAUGAUACAGAUGGAUUUCCAGAUGGUAUUCUGCUAUCACCAUUAGCUAUAAGUGAGAUAUUGUCACCGAUACAGAGUCCUGUACAUGAAACGUUCCCUCCUAACAAGCAGCACACACCAAAAUCCUGUUUAUCUGGUACCAAAGGCGCUAUAUCAGAGAAUUCAUUAUAUUCAAAGAAAGAUGAUACUGAUGUGAAAAAAGAAAUGUCAGUUAAUUUCUUGUUUCAUCCUGAAAAAGAUGUUGAACUUAAAAAUGAAGUUGCAGAUAACAUUCCAAAACCUGAAUGUUCAUAUAAACCUGGUGUGGAAAAAAGUCCUUCAGGAAAUGCAGUUCCAUCCACCCAAGGAGAUUGCAAUGUGAAGGCUCCAUCAGAGAAGAAUAUCAAGGUGAAAAACGCCUUAUGCUGGGCAUCUUUUUCCAAAGCUCUUAGCACCACUCCGGUGCCCAUAAAGUCCUCAAGUGACAGUUUCAAGCAGUUCAGGAAGGCUGCCAUAGCCAAAGAAGAGCGCGAGAGAGCACUGAAAGCCCAAGAGAUAAAGAGACUGCAAGAGUCGCAUGUUGUAGAUAGAGGAGACAAAACAAGAGAACAAAAUUAUAUGGAAACGAGUAUCUGUACUUCCACUGAGACCAAGAUGCAUGAUGAGCCAUCCAUUAUUGUACAAGAGGCAGCUAACGUUCAACAUCCGCUGGAGACUGUUACCCAAGAUAGUCGCCCUGAAGACGAACGCAACCUGGCGAGGAAGAGAGAGCAAGAGCGGCGCCGGAGAGAGGCUAUGGCUGGAACUAUUGACAUGUACCUACAGAGCGACAUUAUGGCAACGUUUGAAGAACACCUAUGCUGAACCAGGGAAACCUUUACACCAAUUGCCUUUAUACUUGUGGUAACUGAUAUUGUCAUGAGUUGUAUUCAAAUUCUAAUAGCACUAAUAACUUAGAUUUUUUUUUAUUAUAGUAUUAAAUUAUCUGGCUCACAGGAUCUUUCAAUAUGAUUGUAAGUAAGAUCCACAUCGCUUCUGAAACACAUCUCUAAUUUAGCACAGAGUAACAUUAAGAUAGCGCGUAUAUAUACUUUUAGUUUUAUUACGCAUUUUGAUUAGAUAAAUGAACUUUUUGUAAGCAAGAUCUCACUUUAGUUUUCUUAUAGUGAGAUUCAGUAUUGUCCUCUGUCUAGUACGUGUUACUUUUGAAGUCAGAGGUGUAAAGAGUUUGUCCAAAUGCUCAAAUUGUGAGGCACUGUUUAAACAAUAAUUGCUAAAAGAAAAAAAAAUCAUAGUCCUUUAAAAACAA